GACUCUCCAGCCCAACCCCAUCUGUCCUGUGGAGAAAAACAUUACUGAAACGGGAUCUCUUGCUGGAAGUGCGUAAAAGAUCUGCUCCAUAUCCAUAUCAGCCCUGAAUAACUCAAAGAUAUCUCCUACAAUGGAAGAUGGCAGGGAAACAGCUGCGAUGAGAGAGCAGAAUCGGAAGGAUCGACAAAUAGAUUCUGAAUUGACCUCGCAAAAUAAUAAAGGCCACAAAUACGGUAGCCUCUUACCGUUACGUUUCUCUGUAGAUCGGUGGUGUCACACAAUUGAUGAUACUCAAGCUUUGGAGAAUACAGACAGUGACAUUGGAUUGUGUGGCUGGAUUCUGGUGCUUUUCUCUAUCCUGCUCACGUUGCUGACCCUGCCUCUUUCAAUAUGGAUGUGCAUUAAGAUAGUGAAGGAAUAUGAAAGGGCAAUUAUCUUCCGUCUGGGACGCAUUUUACGAGGAGGAGCCAAAGGACCAGGUCUCUUCUUCAUCUUGCCGUGCACGGACAGCUUCAUCAAUGUGGAUAUGCGCACCAUCACCUUUGAUAUCCCCCCUCAGGAGGUGCUGACAAAGGACUCCGUGACAGUGAGUGUAGAUGGUGUAGUCUACUACCGUGUGCAAAAUGCAACACUGGCAGUAGCCAACAUCACCAAUGCUGAUGCGGCCACUCGUCUGUUGGCACAGACCACCCUAAGGAACGUUCUGGGUACAAAGAACCUUGCAGAGAUCCUGUCUGACCGGGAGGAAAUUGCCCACAGUAUGCAGUCUACGCUAGAUGAUGCCACAGAUGACUGGGGUAUUAAAGUGGAACGUGUGGAGAUUAAGGACGUCAAACUUCCCCUGCAGCUCCAGAGAGCCAUGGCGGCUGAGGCUGAAGCAACCAGAGAGGCCAGAGCCAAGGUGAUAGCCGCUGAGGGAGAAAUGAAUGCAUCGCGGGCACUGAAGGAAGCAUCUCUGGUGAUCGCUGAGUCCCCCUCUGCUUUGCAGCUGCGCUACCUCCAGACCCUCAACACCAUCGCAGCCGAGAAGAACUCCACCAUCAUUUUCCCUCUGCCCAUUGACAUGAUGCAGUCCUUUGUGAAGCACUGAAAUAAGAGCCAGAUAAAGCUACCUACACACACACACACAGAUGCAUCCUUGCAGAAAUGAAUAGACUGACAUUAUAUAACAUGCACUCAUGUGAGUAUAACAUACAGCUGAGUCCAGAAGUUUGAGACCACACUGAAUUCUGGUAUUCAAUUUUUUGGAAACUAAAAAGUAAGAAAUAUUUGAGGAUAUGUUUGCAAGUCACUAAUGAAGUGAAAAUAGGUCAUCGAAUUAGAGAUCAGGUGACUCUGUACAGAUGGUCUGAUAUCCUAGAUGCUCUUUGGAUGAACUCAAAUCAUGCUGGAGAACAAGAUCAUCAAGUUUUACAAAUAUAUUUAGUUUAUGCAGCUCAAGUGAAAUAUAGAUAAAUUCCGAAACCACUCAUUAAAUACAAAAUAGAAAUGUUUUCACUAGCGGUCUCACUUUUGGACUCUACUGUACAUAUGCCACAUAAACAACCUUUUUCUGAGAUGUGGUCUAUAGAUGUUCCUUGUAAAGAUCGGUUUGCUUUGUCAGAAGGAAAUCUGAUGCAACCAAACAAUUUUAAAGUCAUAAAAUGUUUGGACUUGAAGUGAAUAGGACUUGUGAACUAUUUCUCUAGUUGUAACAAGAAUAGUAGAGCAAUACAGACCGGAGAUAAUUAGAGGUUAAUCUUUAGAUACUGAAUAUUGCGGUGAUGUUUGGCUUUUUGGUUGAUAGUUUAUGGAACAUCUCCUGGUUAUAUGAGUGCAUGUUUGUGUGCUUCAGGCAUAUGUAACCUAACCUGCUUGAUUGCCAAAUCGAUAAUAAACCAUCUAAAGGAUUAUUUAAAUAGUAUCAGGUGUCAAAACAUGAACUGACAGCAGUGCUUAUUGUGCCUACCAGUUUUUCUUGCUUUCUUGAACCUUUAUUAACGCUGACUGUCAAUACGAAAGCCUUAAGCCAUAUCCAUUUCAAUUACUGAAUUAAUAUUUACAGGUUUACAUGUUGAUUUUUAAAACAAUGCAUUUAUACAUCCAUUUAUCGCUUGAUUUAUAAAAUCUUCUACCUUACUGUUUUAUCUACCAGACAUUUACAUACAUGUAAUAUAAUGUUUUUACAUAAAACCGCAGCUGAAAACAAAUUAAGCUUAUGGAGGUCAAUGUUUGUGCUUUUAAUGACUGUAUUUUGCCUCAGAUAUCAGGAUGGAAUUACAGACUUGUCAAUAAUGUGAAAUUACUGUCAGUGCUUCUGUUUAUGUUUUCACAAUAUUUCCCAUUUUUUCAUCAUGUAUCAGUCUAUUACAAUUCUAUAUGUAAUUGUUUAUUCUGUCAUUUAACUGAUGUAUGCUGAGUAUCAUGUUUGUUAUUUUGUCUAACUCUGUUUUAUGUACAUUGUAAUAUUGUAGAAUUGAAUAUUGAGUGAUUGUCCCAUUCUUUUUAGUAAAUCAUGUGUAAUCAUGAAUUAAAAGUACGUAAACCUUUUACCUCA